CCCACUCCUAUUCCAUUCCAUAUAUUGAGAAGAAGAGGUUUCAAAAUUUUAUAACAACAAAGCUUAAUUUUCUUCAUUGCUUCUUGUUCUUCGAAAAAAAGUAAACCACAGAAGCAUUUUCCAAUAUCAGAAGAUGGAAGAAUCGUUUCCUAUGACUGGUGGAGAUGGCCCAUACAGCUAUUCCAAGAACUCAAAUCGACAGAAAGAAGCAGCUGAAAACGCCAAGGCAUGGUUGGUGGCCGCCAUAACCGAAAACCUUGAGAUCAACAAACAGAAGAUCUGCCCCAUCUCGAACUCAUUCCGGAUCGGCGACUUCGGCUGCUCCACCGGCCCAAACACCUUCAUCGCCGUCGACACCAUCAUCGAAGCAGUAUCCAAAACCUUCCAGGACCAUGUCCCCGAAUUCCAUGUCUUCUUCAGUGACCACGUCUCCAACGACUUCAACAUUCUAUUCACCAACCUUCCCAAGGACCGGACUUACUUCUCGGCCGGUGUGCCUGGCUCCUUCCACCGGAGACUGUUUCCCAGGGCUUCGUUGAACUUCGCCUACUCGUCCCAUGCGUUGCAGUGGUUGUCGAAGACUCCAGCGGAGGUCGAAGACUCUAGCUCGCCGGCGUUUAACAAGGGCAAGAUUUUCUAUGCUAAGGCUGCCGAGCAAGUUGGUGAGGCCUAUAGGCGUCAGCAUGAAGAGGACAUGGCGAGUUUUUUUAAUGCUCGAUCGGAAGAGCUCGUUCCUGGCGGGCUACUUGCGAUUCUGAUGUCGGGUAGGGAAGAUGGGAGUUCGCCUGCCCAAUCCUCCCUCGGCCCUGUUUUUGCACCGUUGGAAUCUGUCAUUGUAGAUAUGACUAAUGAGGGAAUAAUAAGCCAUGAAAAGCUUGACUCGUUCAACUUGCCCAUUUUCAGCCCAUGCCCCGAGGAGAUCAAGAAGAUAAUACAAAAAAAUGGAUGUUUUGAAAUAUCAAGAUUGGAACUGCAACCUCGUACCUUUCGUCCUAUGAUCACUCCAGAACAAUGCAGAGCUGGGUUUGAGAGCAUGAUCAGCAAACAUUUUAAUGAUAAUAAUAAUCAAAAUAUAAUAGAAGAGCUAUUUAAUCGUUACUCCAAGAAAAUUGAAGGGUGUUCCCCAAUAUCUGCGGACGAUAAAUCUACUGCGGCUGGACUAUUCUUGUUGCUCAAGCGCAAAUGUUAACUAAAAGGUGGCAAUAAUUUAAUGUACCUCCGCAGAAAACUGUCAAACCGUGGGUCAUACAAAUUACUGAGUUGCGGAGGUACCACAAUUUGAAUCAUCUCACACAUUGCCUUCAUCAUCAGAGCUAUAGUAGUCAUAUCUUCAUUAGGCGUAGGAGCAGUAUGUGCUUGUGACUGAAUUUGAUCUGUAGAGCUGGAGGUUGUCUUUCUCGCUUUCCCUUUCACCCUAUAACCCACUCCUCUUUGGUAGUCAGAUCUCUCCCCGAGUACAUUACCUAGUAUCUUGUAUUGAUUGACCAGGGACGAAUCGACGCCAGAUACAUUACCAGACCCCUCACUCUGCUGUUGAGAUUGCCUAUCAAGCUGUGAUCUCUGAAGCUCCGCCGCCAUUUUUUCCUGUAUAAAGAAAACAUUAUAAACAAAAAUUAAAAACAUUAGAAACAUUAGAAACAAAAAAACAAUAAUAUUCACUUACAUAAUCUUGUUGAGCUUCCUCGUUGACAAAAGUUUUGUCGAUUUUUUCAUAUGAACAUCCCUCCAAGUAUCAACAACAUGCGCAUUUGGGUUCUCCUAUACAAAUGUAAACAAAUGUUUUAGAAUGUGUUAUUUUAUAAAAUUAAAUUAACAUCUUUAAUUAUAUAUUCGUGACGCUUAGCUGCUAACGAUUUUGUG